UUUUUCUCUGUAGUGUUAGUCUGUCGUUUGUGUUCUUCUUGGAAGGUUUAAUUUUUGUUUUGAUUCUUGUCCAUGGCCGCCAUGGCUUGUCUUCCAAGAAGACUUUCUCAAAUCACAUUAUUCAAUACCAAAAGGUUGAGCCUUUACUGCAUCGCUCUCAUGGUAAUCUUAUGCACUUCUUUUUACCUCAUCGGAAUAUGGCAACACUCCAUCGGCCUCAUCCCCACCUCCUCUUCCUCCGCCGUCGCAUCCGGUGGUGAUGGAUUCCAAUCCUCAGCCUCUUGCUCUCCUCUCAAAACAACCACCCAACUCGACUUCUUGCCUCACCAUCUCCCUCCCGACCCUCCAUCCGAGACGGCGCGUGUCAUUCGCUUUCCUCCGUGUGACCCUUCCUUGUCUGAGUACACCCCGUGCGAGGACGUUCAGAGAUCUUUGAAAUUCGACAGGGACAUGCUUAUAUACAGAGAGAGGCAUUGCCCGGAGAAAGACGAGCUGUUGAAGUGCAGAAUCCCGGCGCCGUACGGUUACAAGGUUCCUUUCAGGUGGCCGGAGAGUAGAGAGUUUGCAUGGUUCGCUAACGUGCCGCAUAAAGAGCUUGUCGUCGAGAAGAAGAAUCAGAAUUGGGUUCGGGUCGAAGGAGAGCGGUUCAGAUUCCCCGGCGGUGGCACAAUGUUCCCACGUGGCGCCGAUGCUUAUAUUGACGAUAUCGAUAAGCUGAUCAGUCUCAAAGAUGGCUCCAUAAGAACCGCCAUUGAUACCGGUUGCGGGGUUGCGAGUUGGGGUGCUUACCUGCUAUCCCGGAACAUCCUAGCAAUGUCGUUUGCACCGAGGGAUACCCACGAAGCUCAAGUUCAAUUCGCACUCGAAAGAGGCGUGCCGGCAUUGAUCGGCGUCAUUGCCUCGAUAAGGCUUCCGUAUCCGUCGAGAGCCUUCGACAUGGCUCAUUGCUCUCGUUGCCUCAUCCCAUGGGGCCAGUAUGAUGGACUUUACUUGAUUGAAGUCGAUAGAGUCCUUCGUCCCGGCGGUUAUUGGAUACUGUCGGGGCCGCCGAUAAACUGGGAAAAGUAUUGGAAAGGUUGGAACCGGACGACCGGUGACCUUAAAUCAGAGCAGUCGCAAAUCGAAACGGUAGCUAAAAGCCUGUGCUGGAAAAAACUUAUACAGAGGGAUGAUCUCGCGAUAUGGCAGAAACCUACUAAUCAUAUACAUUGCAAAGCUAACCGGAAAGUUUUCAAAAGGCCUCGGUUUUGCCAGGCUCAGAAUCCCGACUCGGCAUGGUACACAAAAUUGGAGACAUGUUUAACCCCAUUGCCCGAAGUGUCCAAUGUAAAUGAAGUCGCCGGUGGGAAAUUAGCAAAAUGGCCGGAGAGGUUAAACACAGUCCCUCCGAGGGUCACCAGUGGAAGUUUACCGGGAAUUACAGGGAAAACGUUUGUGGAAAAUUCAGAUCUAUGGGAGAAGAGAGUAGAGUAUUACAAGACAAUAGAUUAUCAACUGGCGGAGACCGGUCGGUACCGGAACUUGUUGGAUAUGAAUGCUUAUUUGGGAGGAUUUGCAGCAGCUCUAAUCGACGAUCCUGUCUGGGUGAUGAACACUGUACCGGUCGAAGCCGAUCAAAUCAACACCCUCGGUGUCGUCUACGAACGUGGACUGAUCGGAACAUAUCAAAAUUGGUGUGAAGCAAUGUCUACGUAUCCACGGACUUAUGAUUUCAUUCAUGCCGAUUCCAUUUUCAGCCUCUACAUGGACAAAUGUGAAAUGGAGGACAUAGUUUUGGAAAUGGACAGGGUUUUAAGACCAGAAGGGAGUGUAAUAAUCAGGGACGACGUUGAUGUGCUGGUGAAGUUGAAGAACAUCAUGGACGGCGUGCAAUGGGAUGGAAGGAUCGUAGACCAUGAAAAUGGACCCCAUGAAAGAAACAAGAUUCUCUUUGCCGUUAAACAGUACUGGGUUGCGCCUCCAUCGCCGACUAAACUAAAUCAGCAAGUAUAAAUAAUGUUUGGCUCUGCUUUGUUGUUUAUUUAUGCAUAAUUUUUUAGAUAAGUACAUAUUCAUCCUUAUAAAUUUGAAUAUGGAAUUAAGGGACUAG